AUGAGUCAUUCUUUUUUUCUUUUCAAUAUUAAGGGUGUUUUGAAAAGGAGAGACCAAAUUCAAGGCGAGCUCGAUUCCAGAGUUGAUGCUUUAGCCAAUAAAAGGACAGAAAAGGAUCUGUUCUCAGAAGAGAUUGGGAAACUUGAAGACAAAGUCGAAUGUGCCAAUAAUGCUCUGAAAGCAGACUGGGACAGGUGGAAACAAAACAUGCAGUGUGAUAUGAGAUCAACGUUCACUAAUGUGGCUGAGAAUAAUCUCCGGUAUUAUGAAGAGUGCCUUGCUACAUGGGAGUCCUUCCUAGCAUCUCAAAGAGUGGAUCGUCACGUGGAAGAAGAUUCUGAAGACAGAUAGGCCUUGAGUAUUAUCUCUGCUCGAUCUCUGCCUUUUCCAUGCAGUUUCUCCCAGCCAAAGAACCUAUUCUUUUUUAUACGAAAUCAGAUACCUUAUUAAGUUUAACUGUUAAAAAUCAGUGAAAUGCAGGAAACCAGCUUAUUGAAAACUCAGGUAUUCUAGUCCUGAAAUACAUUUUGGAACAUGCUAUAUAUUGCUUUAAAUUGCUUAGCUGUGACUUUACAUAUUUUUAUGCGUUUGCAAAAAUUUUUUUAAUAAAUAUCGCAUAAUUUGGAUAUA